AGCACAGCUACAGCCUUAUCAACAAAUAUAAGACUUUAAAGAAAAUUAUUCUGAGACUGUUCCUGCUAUGGGUCUUUGCAGCCCAGUGGCAGGAGGAGGAGCAUCGAGGCCCAGAAGCCCUGCUUGAGACGAAGGGUUCCCAGCCACGGCCCUUUUCCCUCGGACCCUAGAUCCAAGUCGCUCGCACUGGUGCUCUCCCGUGUCUGAGGAAAGGGAUCUAGCUGAUCCCCACUUGCAGCCAAGAUGCCCAAGAGGAGGAAGGUCAACUCUGCAGAAGGGAAAGUAAGGGAGAAGCCUAAGAAGUCAGCAAGAUUGUCAGCUAAACCAGUCCUUGCAAAGGUAGAACCUAAGCCCAAAAAGACAACAGGAAAGGAUAAAUCUGAGAACAAAAAAGUUCACACAAAAGGAAAAAAAGGAGCAAAAGGAAAACAAGCAAAAGUGACUAACCAAGAAGAGAAUAAAGAUGACUUACUUGCAGAAAAUGGAGAAACUAAAAAUGAAGAGGUCCCAGUCUCUGAUUCAUCAGGAGAGAAAGAAACCAAAUCUGAAUAACAUCUUAUACCAAGUCUUUUGACAGUUGUCCCUGUUACCUCCCUUCUUGUACAAUUCAGAGGAAUAUUUUUAUCAACUAUUUUGUAAAUGCCAGUUUUUUAGUAGCUCUAGAAACACAUUUUUAAGGAGACAA